ACUUGUAGGAACUGUUUGUGGCAGUUGCGCAUAGUACAUAUUCCCAAACUCGCUUCUGGUUUUCUUCCUCCCGUCGCCUAACGACCGGAGGAAAAAAUCAUCUCCCAACUGAACGAUUGAAGAUCAUCGCCAAAACACCGCGAAAUGAUUUAGACUGAAUACAAUAACUCAAGUCGGACCUGAAGAUAGUAAUAAUACGUCCCGCGAUGGAGUUUCUCAUUCGCUUCGCCCAGGCGCACGAGACUUUUCGACAGCCGGAGAUCGAAGCUCUGGCGUCGCUUGCUGGAUAUAAAGUCGACUUUCUUUACUACGAUAAAUUUUCGCCUUAUGCUGUUGUAAAACUACCAGAUGAAGCAGCAGCCCGCGCAGUCAUCUCCCGCAGCAUCCUAGCAAAAGACAUUUUCUCACUCUGGGGUCAAGCCACCAACUAUGACGACCUCCACGCCAACGUCCGCAGGCGGACGUCGCACCUCUGGAAAGACCUGAAGCAAGUAUCAUUCCGUUUCACGGUCGAUGCAUUCGCGGGAAAACACACCGCCGAAGAAACUCGCGAUAUCAUCCAAAGUUUCGCGUACGUGGGCUUCGAGGGUCCGGUCCGGCUGAAGAACCCCGACGAGCAAUUUUGGGUGUGUGAGGAAUAUAUCUCUGAUGUUGAAGCACCGCGUUCGACGAGAUCUGCGGAGCCGAUGCCGCAAUUGACGCGCCCCAAGAGGAUUUUCCUUGGGCGGUGGUUAGCUCAUGGUAGUCGGGAUAUCAUGGGCAAAUAUGAUCUGAAAAAACGGAAGUUUAUCAGUACGACGUCCAUGGAUGCGGAACUGACUCUGAUCACGGCAAAUAUGGCCCAUGCUGCCCCUGGUAAGCUUUUCUAUGAUCCAUUUGUGGGGACUGGGAGCUUCUGCGUGGCGGCGGCGCAUUUCGGGGCGCUGAAUAUGGGUUCUGAUAUUGAUGCGCGGAGCUUCAAGGGGAAGGAUCCGGCGACAGUGGGAAAUAACAAACAGGUCCGUGAUGUCAGAACGGGGCGCUCCAUUGGACUGUUGUCGAACUUCGAACAGUAUGGGAUUGCGAGCAAAUACGUGGAUGCGUUUACGUCGGAUCUGACCAACACGCCUAUCCGUGUCGGGCAAUUUCUGGAUGGUAUCGUCUGUGAUCCUCCUUAUGGUGUUCGUGAGGGACUCCGGGUCUUGGGGACGCGUGAUGGUCGUGGUACGGAAGAAGUUCUCAUUGAUGGAGUUCCUGCUCAUUAUCUACCUGGAUACAUUGCACCAAAGAAACCCUACGGAUUCGAAGCAAUGCAGAACGACAUUCUCACCUUCGCCUCUCGAACGCUUGUCACAGAUGGACGCCUAUGCAUGUGGAUGCCCACAUCCAACGACGAGGUGGAAUUGGUGAUCCCCAUGCAUCCAGAUCUAGAGAUCGUCAGCGUAUCUGUACAGCCAUUCAACAACUGGUCCCGACGGCUUAUUACAUAUCGCCGUUUGCCAGAGGGGCAGGUCUCAGAUGUCUCAUUGGGGCGACAGAAAUAUGACGCACAGGGUAAUUACGCGGAUGAUUUGAAUGAGUUCAGAAGAAAAUAUUUCACCAAAAACGAAAAGAAGCUCGCCAAAGAGCAAGAGAAAACUCACGAUGAAUAGAUAUUACCAAUCGCAUAGACAUUUAACAAAAGUUAGAUACCAAAUCAAAUGUUCAUAAUUUUCCACCUCUCUUUCCAUCAUCUUGCCGCGAGGCUCCCUCCAAGCCCACCCCUUCUACAUUCCUAACGCGCUGAACUUCCCUCGCCAGCUCUUCUCGGAUCUCACUAGCCAACUUCUCCCCUUCUUCCUCGUCCAAUUCGUCCCUUUGCCCGCGACCAAACAUUACAUAGCUUGCCUUGUUCGCGCUAACUGGCUGGUCCAGUGGUGGCCUGGGGACGAUGUGGAAGUGGACGUGGGGGAUUACUUGAGCAGCUCUUAUGCCUAUGAGAUAUGUUAGCAUUUAUGGUGAUAGAAUAGAUCGUGGGUGUAGAUGUACCGUUAUUCUGAACUACAUUCCAAUGUGCCUCGGC